CGCGCGGCCUCCGCGAUUGGCUCCGGCGCGGCCUCUCGCGCCCACCUUUGUGCAGCCCCGGAGCCCGUUGAGAGUGGGCGGGGAAACCCCGUGCGAGGGGCGCCGCCAUCUUGGAUAAGGGGGGUGAUGGGGGCGCAGUGGAGCCAGCGGAGCCGAGCCUGAGGGAGUCCCGGAGAGAGGCGGAGACCCGGCCCGGCCGUUGCCCAGCCUGAAGCAGAGCGCUCUAGUGCCCGCAGGGGGGGACCGGGCCGCCGCCUACAGAGCCACGCUGCACAGCCACCCGCUCCCCGAGCCCAGUGCCACAAUGGCAACUGCACCUUACAACUAUUCCUACAUCUUUAAGUACAUCAUCAUUGGGGACAUGGGUGUAGGAAAGUCCUGUUUGCUUCAUCAGUUUACAGAAAAGAAGUUUAUGGCAGACUGUCCCCACACAAUUGGUGUUGAAUUUGGCACAAGAAUAAUUGAAGUUAGUGGCCAAAAAAUUAAACUACAGAUUUGGGAUACAGCAGGACAAGAGAGAUUCAGGGCUGUCACACGAAGCUACUACAGAGGAGCAGCAGGAGCUCUCAUGGUCUACGACAUUACCAGAAGAAGUACAUAUAAUCACUUAAGCAGCUGGCUGACAGAUGCAAGGAACCUCACCAAUCCAAAUACUGUGAUAAUCCUCAUAGGAAAUAAAGCAGAUCUGGAAGCACAGAGGGAUGUUACAUAUGAAGAAGCCAAACAAUUUGCUGAAGAAAAUGGUUUACUGUUCCUUGAAGCGAGUGCAAAAACUGGAGAGAACGUUGAGGACGCCUUCCUGGAGGCUGCCAAGAAAAUCUACCAGAAUAUCCAAGACGGGAGCCUGGAUCUGAACGCUGCCGAGUCGGGGGUACAGCACAAACCGUCGGCUCCGCAGGGGGGGCGGCUAACCAGCGAACCCCAGCCCCAGAGAGAAGGCUGUGGCUGCUAGUGACCUCUGUUUUGUGGCUCCAUUUCUGACCCUCCGCCUCUGUCUGUCGGGAGCGGUGCUUUUGACUGCUUCCCUGUCUUCUGUACAUCUUCUUGGGUUUAAUUAAAACUCUGAGACAAGUUUAACACAGUACUAAACUGCUAAGCAACUUUAGAUGUAAUCAGGUUAUCAAAGGCAAGUAGAGUAAUAAAACCUCUCCUGCAUGGUAAAUCUA